ACUAAUUUAAAAAAAAUGAUUAUUUACUCUGACAAGAAAGUUAUUGUGUCAUUUGUAUUUAUAUAAUCGCAUUCAUGCACUGUCUAAACGUUAUGUUGUGAUUUCUUUUGGAAAAUUUAAAAUUUUAAAAAGUAGACAUUUUGUUUUCUUCCUUAACUGUAUCCAAAGAUAGAAUAAUGACGUUUGCUUACAUUACUUUUUGUUUGCUUACUGAAAAAGUGAUUAUAUUUAAGUUCCUUGUUGUGCCUAUGCAACUUUUAGUUUCAAAUGAGCACCUUGCGAAGGAGAACUAAUUCUGACAGAGAAAAAGAUUUUCAAUUAGAUUUUUCUCAGAAUAUUUGUGAAGUCUCUCCAAUAAAUACUCACCAAAGCUUACUCAAGAUAGAAAUGACUUGCAGGGACAGGACUGGAGAGUUCUGCUCCAUCAUUAAAAAUAAAGAAGGCCGCAUGAGAGAAAAUGGAUUUCAACCUUCAUCUAAAAGAGGAAGGUCUUUCAAAGGUAGCUCAGAGUGGAAUCAUUUCAUGCAAGUCGCCAAGCAGAUAGGAAAAGAUAUUAGUAGUACAUUUACAAAGCUUGAAAAGCUAACAUUGUUGGCAAAGAAAAAGACCCUUUUUGAUGAUAGACCCCUUGAAAUUCAAGAAUUAACUUACAUCAUAAAACAAGAUAUAAACAAUUUAAAUAAGCAAAUAGCUCAGUUGCAAGAGGUAUCAAAAGGUCGAAAUUAUAAUAAUGGGAAACAUAUGCAAUCUCAUAGUAACUCUGUUGUUAUUGCGUUGCAGUCUAAACUUGCCUCUAUGUCGAAUGAUUUCAAGGAAGUUCUUGAAGUGCGAACAGAGAAUCUGAAACAUCAAAAGAACCGUCGAGAUCAGUUUACUGAAGGUGGUGUGUCAGCUACCCUCCCAGCCUCUGCAAUAUCUGGUCACAGUGGAAGUGUUCUUUUGUCCGAUGACCAUGCAAGUAGAGGUGAUGUGUCAAUUAACAUGGGUAGUGCUCAAGAUCACUUUCAACAGCAGAUGCAACUCAUUGAUGAACAGGAUUCCUACAUUCAAAGUCGUGCCGAUACCAUGCAGAAUAUUGAAGCUACAAUUGUAGAGUUGGGGAGCAUAUUUCAACAGCUGGCUCACAUGGUCAAAGAACAAGAAGAGCAAGUGAUGAGGAUUGAUUCCAAUGUUGAACAGUCUUACCUCAACGUUGAGGCAGCCCAUUCAGAAAUCCUUAAAUACUUUGAAUCUGUCACUUCAAAUCGAUGGCUUAUGUUGAAAAUAUUUGCUGUCUUAAUAAUAUUUUUUAUAAUAUUUGUAGUAUUUCUUGCUUGAAGUUUUGAUAGCUAUUUUUAAAAAUUGAAAGCUCGCAUGAAAGUGUAAAUUAUUUUACAUUUGUCAUAUAUAAGUAGUUUAUUUUUUAAACUCUUUAGGCAUUAUGUGAAUAUUAUGUAUAUUAAAACAUUCCUAUAUGUAAAAUAUGUAUAUAUGAACAAAUUUUAUAUCAAAAUUCAACUGUUAUUUAUGGUUAUUUAAAUUUGUGAUUUGAAUUUACUGCAUUUGAAUCUGUAAGUGAAAGAAAAAUUAAAGUUUUAAAUCUAUUUGA